AUGAAUCUCAGCCAAGAAUAUAAUAUCGAAUUCGGCGUUCCAAGUUGGGUGAGAAUAUCACCAUGCCAAAAAUAUAUUGCUUGUGGUACAUCAACUGGAUAUCUAUACAUAAUUUCAAUAGAAGAAAAGAAAAUUUUGAAAUUUGCUUUAAUUCACACAAAGGGAAUAAAUGACGGAGUUUGGUCAUCUGACAGUAAAUUCAUAGUUACUGCGAGUGAUGAUAAGAUGGCUUGCAUUACAGAAACACAAGAACUAACCGUUAUUAGAAAAUUGAUUGGACAUAGAUCAAAAAUAUUCUGUGUAGCUAUAUCUCCAGAUAAUUCUAGAAUUGCUACUGGCAGCAAAGAUACAGCAUUUUGUAUCUGGGAUCCAAGAAAUUCAAAUUCUCUUUCAGAGAUUGGCGGACAUACUGAACCAAUUUCAUCCAUAUCAUUCAAUUACGAUGGUACAUUAAUUUUAACAUCGUCAUUUGACGGAAUUGUUCGUGUUUGGGACAGUAUUUCAUUAAUAUGUCUUAGAACAUAUAUAAUGGAAGGCCAUCCUAUAACUAGAUCUCUUUUCGCUCCGAAUAGCCAGUUCGUUACAGCAUUCUCAACAGAUAAUUUAGGACAAUUAAUAGAGAUAAAGACAGGAAAAGUUUUUAGGAAUUUCAGAGGCCAUGUUAAUAGCAAGUAUAUGGUAGAUGCAGGCUACAUCCAUAGAAAUGACAAUUCAGACGGAGAAUUAUGGGUUUCAUCAGAAGACCAGAAAAUUCAUGCAUGGAACGUUCAAAGCGGUGAAGAAAUCUGGCAGUUAGAUAUCGGUUUUGACCUUGCGGUGGCCAAUUCGACUCCAGAUGGCUCAUUAUUCUGCGUUGGCGGAAAUAUUCCUGGAAUUGUAAGAUUAUAUACUCCAAAAUGA